AAAUGGAUUCUUCUUCACUAGAUAUGAUAAGGCAACAUCUUCUUGAUGAUGUUGUUUUCAUGGAAAAUUAUUGUUCUUCUUCUUCUUCUUCUUCUUCAUUAGAAACAAGUAGUACCCUUUAUUCUCAAACCUCAUUGAAUUCGGAAUCUUUAGAAUCAUUAACCUCUGAGAUCAAACUUGAAAGCAAUUUCUCUUUUUAUCCUGAUUUCAUCAAUACAGCUCAAAGUUCAAAUCUUGAAUCUGCCUCUCGUUUGUUCGACAACUCAACAAUUGAAUUCCAAGCUAAACCCCAAAAGAAAAGAAGUUUCAAUGAUCGAAAACCUUCGUUAAACAUUUCAAUUCCUUCUGUCAAGAAAACAGAGGAACCAAAAACAGGGGAAGUAAAAACAGAGUACUCUGUUCAGAAAAUGGUGGAAAAAUCGGAGAAACAGCGAUACAGAGGAGUGAGACAAAGGCCAUGGGGGAAAUUUGCAGCGGAGAUUCGUGAUCCAACUAGAAAGGGGACACGGGUUUGGUUAGGAACAUUCGAUACUGCAAUCGAUGCAGCUAUGGCAUAUGACAGAGCAGCAUUUAGGCUCAGAGGGAGUAAAGCAAUCAUGAAUUUCCCACUUGAAGUAAGCAAUUUCAAGCAAGAAAAUCAUGAGAUUGAGAAAAAAGUAGUAAGAUUGAAUUUGAAUUCUUGUGGGAAAAAAAGGGUAAGAGGAGAAAUGGAGAAUGAUGACGGAGUUGUGGUGAAGAAAGAGGUGAAAAGAGAACAAAUGGUGGCAACUCCAUUAACACCUUCAAAUUGGUCUUCAAUUUGGGAUAGUGGAAAUGGAAAAGGUAUUUUUGAAGUGCCACCUUUGUCACCAUUAUCACCACAUCCAAAUUUUGGUUAUUCUCAACUUUUGGUUACAUAGUGAAAUGACCAAAAAAAUCCACUUGAAUAUGUUUAUGGGGGGAUAUUGUAUAGCAGAAUGAUCUUGCUGUCACGAUCCACUGAGAUUUAGGUGUGCCAACAAUUCAUAAAAUGAAAUAUUGUGAACAAGUAUGAGAUGAUAUCAAGUGCAAAAAGGAAUCUACCUUUUGGGAAUUUGGAUAAAAAUAUUUGAAGAUUAACAUAGUUUCUUAAACAAUGAU